AGGGAUUGGUGGGAAACGCUCGAGUUGGCGGGCGGAUUGUCAAGCGCUUCGAUAUUCAUUACCUAAUGUUGCAUAAAAGAUUACGCCCAGGACAAUGGCAGCACAGUCGACAACCAGACGGCGAACAAGAACAACAUCAACAGCAUUUGUGAUUAGACGCAGACGAAGCAAUAACAAUGGAUAGCUCUGCAACUGCCCCCAACUAUGCACACAAGAAGUUCUCCGCAUUGAAACGCAAACGUAGCCAGGACGAGGAGACGGACGAUGUGAUCUUCAUUAUGGAGCAGCCCGCGAAGCGUCCUUUCUUUCGCCCUUGGCUGGAUGAGCCACGAGCAGCCAUAACAACCGGUCCGGAAGAGUCACGGCCCCCACGUAGACCCACGCCCACCACAGUAACAACCACCUACCAUGCCAACAUGGUGCGCUCCCAUGCGCCCCGUCUGCGCAGCCCCAAGGCGCAACAGCGUCGCGAUCGCAAUACUUUGGCUUGCCUCCUGAGUCGCCGCGCCCGACAGGCCAAUCAAGUGGCCAUGGAGCAGCAGUACGAGCACUAUCGGGUGCAGCACGAGGCCAAUCUGGAGCAGCAAAUUCGACUGAGCCUCUACUACGUUCGUUUUCUGCAGCAAGCCAUGGCCACCACCCGAGCUCCACUGAGCGAUACCCAACAUAAACUGCCGCAGACUGCGCAAUGCUGGCCCCAGCAGGCAACUGCCACGAAGCGUUAAGACUUCGCUCAAUGCAGACUUAUCUGAGCUAGAGCUUGUAGAGGUUUUAGUUUUUAUUUAUUGUGAUUAGUUUUUUAUUGACCUUGUGAUGACUUUUAAAGUCUUAUUUAUUUAUUAUUGUUGACCAUCAAUAAACCAAAUUGUUAAAGGAA